CUUGAGCAACAAUUUUGAAUGUUCCACAAUCAAGUGGAUAAGAGCUGUACUUUACUGCCGCUUGUAUCCAUAGAACAUAGCUGCCCUAGAGCGUUUCAAAAAAGACCACCGAGUGGACUGACUUGCCUAGAAAGCCACUUUGAUCAUCUGCGUUAAGUAUGCGCAACGUUGAGCGCCAAAAUACACGAAGCGACGCACAUAAUUUCAUCCCAGAAUGCUCAGCUGUAAGACAUGGACCAAAAUGACAAUGACUUGCAAGGAACUGAUGGUUCAGGGUCCCAUGGAGGUGUUGAUGUUCGCAGACAGAUUCCCAUCAAGUUACUGUCUAAACAAUUGGUAAGAGGUAAACCAGCUGCUCGACCUCAGCGGCCCACCACAAGAUUGCCCUCAAAAAGUGAUGAAGAGCCUAUCAGCUAUAAACAGGAGAAAAGGCCUGAGUGCAAAUCUGGAGAUGCUUAUGGAAACCAACGCAGAUUCCCUCAACCAAUCUUCUGGGAUUACAAGCUCAACUUGGUAGGAGAAAAAGAUGCCACUCCAGUUCAUUUUUGUGGCAAGUGUGGCCUGCCCAUAAAGACCUAUGGACGAAUGAUUCCCUGUAAGCAUGUUUUCUGCUAUGAUUGUGCGGUGCACUAUGAGAAGAAAUGUGACAAAAUGUGCCCUGGUUUCUCCCUCUACAGCUGCACAGACCCGGUCCAACGCAUCGAGCAGUGCCAUCGUGGUUCUCUUUACAUGUGCAGCAUUGUGCAAGGCUGCAAACGUACCUACCUCUCGCAGCGAGACCUACAGGCCCACAUCAACCAUCGCCACAUGAGGGCCAGCAAAGCUAACAGCUCUCGCCCAGAACUGCCACACCCAGCCCUGGCCUCAGACCCACCGGACCGCUUCCGGUUGCCUCCGCCACCCCACCUGCCCAAGGGACACCCUCUGAUCCCUCCCCCACUACAAGGCCAUGACACUUACAGCCAACCUCCCCCAGUCUCACCCUCCUCUUCCGAUCUGGGGCCUUCCUCUCGCUCCCUCCCACAGGAGACCUUCCGUAUCGCCACCUUGACUACACGUAAACAUAGCAACCUCAUCACCGUGCCCAUCCAUGAUGACUCUGGGAGCUCCUGCCCCUCCUCCCGUGAGCCCCAUCCACAGACGCCCUCUGGCCCACCUCCACACCACCACCCUGGAGACUACUCCACCCAACCUGUGGUAUCCCAUCCGCAUCAUAUAAUGCCCCCGCCACAACAGCCACACUAUGGGCCUCCACCCCCACCUCCCCUCCUCGGCAUCCAAAUGCAGCAUCCGCCCCAGGGCUCAGCUGCACCUCACAUGGUUUAUAACCAAGCACCUCCCAUGUCAACUGCUCCACCUCCAAUCACCCCUCCACCUGGACACAUCAUUGGCCAGAUGCCACCAUAUAUGAAUCACCCACCACCUGGUCCAAUUCCCCAACAUGGGGGUCCACCUGUCAGUGGCCCCCCUCCUCAUCACUACAACCCAAACUCAAUGCCACAGGAUCAAGGUACUCUUAGUCCUCCCUUUACCCAACCAGGGGGCAUAAGCCCAGGAAUGUGGCCCAAUCAACGUGGCCCGCAUCCACCUCGAAUGCAGGGGCCACCACCACAGGGACAGAUGCCUGGGCCGCACCACCCCGACCAGUCUCGGUACAGACCAUAUUACCAGUAGUAUCUUGUCUAUGUCAGAUCUGAUAAACAGCGUAAGCUACAUGGUGUCAUCCUCAAAUGGAUCCAGCAAGCUGCCUGGACUAUGUGUUUCUAUGAGUCUCUUGCAAUGAUACUAGAUACAAUCUGCAUUGCUGGUGAUUUUGUAUUAAUGUCCCUCAUGCAGGGUAUUUCAUGGAAUAAUAAAGGAUUGAAUAGUUGUGAGUGAAAAAAAAAAACUUGCAGUUAAAGUUAUAGUUCAGUCAAAAAUGAAACUUCUGUCAUUUACCCUUAUGUAGUUCCAAACCUGUAGGACUGACUUUCUUCCAAUGAACAUAAUUGAGAUGUUAGGCUGAAUGUAAGCAUCAGUCACUAUUUUUAUUUCAUCUUUUUCCCUACAAUGAAAAUGAUAGUAUGGGUUCCACACAGCAUAAAGGUGAGUAAAUAUUGUCAGAAUUAAAAUUUUUGGUUGAACUGUCCCUUUAAAACUCUUAAUCAUUUUGGUUGAACACUUUUUGUGCAUAACACAUCCGUUUUGAUAAAGGACCCAACAACUGCAAUAAAUGAAACAAACGUGCAAUUUAUUUUCAAUUUUUAAGUUUGUAACCUAUAUGACCUGUAACCUAGUGUAUGUUUUGGUGAUGCACAUAAAGGGGUGGAUAAACACUACUGACACUAUUGGUCCUUAGCAUAUUAUUAUUAUUUUGUACAUUUGUGUAUUCUCUUAUUAAAUAAACCUAAAGAAAAAGUGAAUAUUUCUCAGCAAAUGUAUAUUCCAGAGCACAGCAUUCCUUUGUAUCAUUGAUUUGUUAUGCAGACACAAAGAUUUUUCUGAUUGAUCCACAAGGGGGCGUACGCAAUCUAGGUUUAUGUCAUACCCUUGUUAUACUCAGUAAAACAAUGGAAUGAAGUGAUUUAAGGGAGUAAGAUUUUACAGUAAAAUGUACUGUAUCUAGACCAGGGACAGAAAUGUAUAGGGGAUUGGGGCAAAAAUGCCACUGAAAUUAAAAAAAAUGGCCCCAAAAUGUUAACAUGGGGACAAAAAAUACCUCCAGUAUGAAUUCCUGUGAUAUUUAUUUCCUAAGCCUAUUACAUAUUUUCACAAAAUAUGAUUUGAUGCUGAUUUAAAUGUAUAGGAAACAACCGUACUAAAUUAUUUUGGAAUUUAUAUUAAGAUUCAUUUUGAAAAAUUAUCUCAUAAAGGUAAAAAAAAUGCCCCAAAAAUUUUGAUAAGAAGGGCAGAAAUUCACCCAUAAAAAAAUAUUUUUCUGACCCUGAUCUAGAUAUAUGUGAACAAAAUAGUGUUUUAAUAAUCAUUGUAUAUUGUGGCACGGUAAAGAAGAGAUUUCCUUGGUAGACAAAUUUAUUUUAUUCUUUAAUUUUUUUCUUGGUAGACAAAUUGUGUUUUAACACCUUUUCAAUUAUGUCAAUAUAUACGUUACAACGAAUGAAAAGGGCUAAUAUAAAAGCCACAUUACAUGUUUGUUUAUGAUUAAAUUAAAUAACUAUAAUGUAAUUUAAAAUUUUUGUAAAACAUGAAAAAAUGUGCAUACAAGGAAUAGA